AAUGUCAGUCAAAGCCUAUUGUAUUUCUUAAGAUGCUUUCUCACAGUUCACCUUCAUUUUCUCUAUACCAUUGCUCGUCUUCUCUCACAGCCACAGCCCCGGCCGCCCUCCUCCGCCCCACUUUUUCCAUUUCCAAAUUACAUUUCUACCCUUUGAAUACCUUUAAGUCACGAAAACGCCACUCCUCUCUCAUCAUUUCAAUGGAGGGCCAUUCUUCUGCCGCCGUCGAUUCUAUUUCUCAGGAUUUAAAAAAUCAGAAAAUAGAAAAUAAUAACGAUAUUAGGAAUAAUGAUUUUGAUAGUGAGAGUGAUGGUGUCAAUAAUAAGGUGAAAUUAAAGCUGGAAGAGUUGAAGUGGGAUCACUCGUUUGUUCGAGAGCUGCCGGGUGACCCCAUGACCGAUUUACUUCCGCGAGAGGUGUUGCAUGCUUGCUAUACAAGAGUAUCUCCUUCUGUUGAGGUGGAGGAUCCUCAGCUUGUUGCAUGGUCGCAUUCAGUUUUUGAGUUACUUGAUUUGGACUCUAAAGAAUUCGAAAGACCUGAUUUUCCGCUUAUAUUCUCUGGUGCAUCACUGUUGGUUGGAAUGAUGCCUUAUGCGCAAUGCUAUGGUGGACAUCAGUUUGGAAUGUGGGCCGGUCAGUUAGGUGACGGUAGGGCAAUAACUCUUGGAGAGGUUCUGAAUUCAAAGUCUGAAAGGUGGGAAUUGCAGCUUAAGGGUGCUGGAAAGACCCCAUACAGCCGGUUUGCUGAUGGUCUUGCAGUCUUACGUAGUAGCAUCCGGGAAUUCCUUUGCAGUGAGGCAAUGCAUAGUCUUGGAAUCCCGACUACACGUGCACUUUGUCUGGUUACAACUGGAAAAUAUGUCACUCGAGAUAUGUUUUAUGAUGGCAAUCCAAAGGACGAGCCUGGUGCAAUUGUUUGCAGAGUUGCUCAAUCCUUUCUCCGGUUCGGUUCAUACCAAAUACAUACAUCUAGAGGGAAGGAGGAUCUUGACAUUGUUCGCACUUUGGCCGACUACACCAUUCAUCAUCAUUUCCCCCAUUUGGAGAACAUUAGUAAGAGCGACAGUCUAUCUUUCAACACUGGUGAGGGGGAUGGUUCAGUUGUGGAUUUAACUUCGAACAAGUACGCAGCUUGGGCAGUAGGAGUUGCUGAGCUUACGGCUUCUUUAGUGGCACACUGGCAGGGUGUUGGCUUCACACAUGGAGUGCUGAACACUGAUAACAUGAGUGUAUUGGGGCUCACCAUUGAUUAUGGUCCUUUUGGUUUCUUGGACGCUUUCGAUCCCAGCUACACUCCUAAUACUACAGAUCUUCCUGGUAGAAGGUAUUGCUUUGCAAAUCAACCCGAUAUUGGCUUAUGGAACAUUGCACAAUUCACCACAACUCUUUCUGCUGCUAAGCUGAUAAAUGACAAGGAGGCUAACUAUGCCAUGGAGAGAUAUGGAACCAAAUUUAUGGAUGAAUAUCAAGCCAUAAUGACCAGAAAACUUGGUUUACAAAAGUACAAUAAGCAGUUGAUCGGCGAUCUACUUAAAAACAUGGCUGUCGAUAAAGUUGACUACACAAAUUUCUUUCGUUUGCUUUCCAAUAUCAAAGUUGAUCCUACCAUUCCAGAAGAUGAACUAUUGAUUCCACUGAAGGCGGUUCUAUUGGAUAUCGGUAAGGAGCGCAAAGAUGCAUGGACCAGCUGGGUGCAGUCCUACAUACAGGAGCUUUCUUCUAGUGACAUUUCGGACAAGGAGAGGAAGAUAUCAAUGAACUCUGUAAAUCCCAAAUACAUCCUUAGGAACUAUUUAUGUCAGAGUGCCAUUGAUGCAGCUGAGCAAGGUGAUUAUGAAGAGGUUCGCAGGCUGCUGAAGGUUAUAGAAAGUCCAUACGACGAGCAACCAGGAAUGGAAAAAUAUGCACGCUUGCCCCCAGCAUGGGCUUAUCGUCCAGGUGUGCGCAUGCUCUCUUGUUCCUCCUAGGAAGAAUGUAUUUGUACAUAAACAGCCCUUAUUUCGGUUUUUUGCCGUUGCAGUCAAAAUUUUUCCCUUUCCCUUCCCCCCCCUUUUUUUUUUUUUUUUUUUUUGCACAGAGGCAUACAGUUUAUAAUGUACUAUAUUUUUCUUACUGUUGGGCUGUCUAGAGAUAUUGAGAUAUUUAUAUUUUGAUUUGUUAUUGCGUCGAAUUCACAUAAUUAUUAUGACCCAAAAGGCGAUAAAUAUUUA